AUGGCCGGUGACAGUGUAGAUCAGAAGGGGAUGCUCCAUGCUAUGCUAAAGAAGGAAUGUGCUGAGCUCUUUGCGUUAAGGGAUCCAGAGUCCGGGCUGGACCUGAUGCCCAUUUUCAGCAUCCUGCCCGCGAAGAGAGACUACCCUGAUUACUAUAGUCUGAUCUCUUACCCUGUGGCCUACAGCACCCUGAAAAAGAAGCUGCCGCAUUACCCUAGUGCUGCCGCGUGGCUGAAAGACGCGGCUUACAUUGCGUGGAACGCCAAAACGUACAAUCUGAGGGGCUCGCAAGUGUGGAAGUUUGCUGAUAUAAUAGAGAAACAUCUGAAGAAUGUAACGGUCCCCCGAUUGAAGAGGGUUUACCCUGAGAUUGAGUACCCAUAUUUGGGACCGCUGCCCGACGAAAAUCCACCACUAGAGCAACAACAACCACAGUCGGGACAAGUGCCAUUACAGACGGAACACCGAACUCCGCAACCAGCGGGAGUCCAGGCCGAAGUACAGAAACCAGAACCACAAGCACACUCGCAACAACUAUCGGAACAACAACAGCAGCAAUUGCAACAACAGCAAGAACUGAUUUUACAACAGCAACUGCUACAGCAACAUCAGAGACAUUUCCCUAUAGUAGCCCCAAAAGCUCCGGCGAAAGAAGCAUCUAUUCAACCGAAGAUGAAGUUCAUACAGUUUGCAACGAAGGAUAAACCGAAAGGCACUAAUGCCACUGUUCAUGGCCACUCCAUAAUAAAACAGGAAACAGCACGCGGUACGACACCAGUUGAAAGGACUGAUACGCCCCCGAAUGCAGCUACGAACACAAACAUGAACAUGAACACGAGUAUAAACACGAACACAACUCCUGCGGUACCGCAACAAGCAGCCAUGCCACGUCAUCACAUACCAAUGCCAAAAAGGAUGCACUCGAACUACGAGCUGUCCGCAUAUUCACCACCAAUGUCGCAGACGACUACACCUCAACCGCAUAUGAUGUCGAGGAAAGAUAAAAAAGCCCUUACAAGACGGGGUAGGCCGCCAAUGAUCGAUCUUCCACACAUCCAAAGGAUGAAAAACAUUAUCAAGGGACUGAAGAAGGAAAUAGACCCCACCACGCGGAAAUCCGUAACGGUGCCGUUUGAAAAACUGCCCAAUCCAGCUUCAGAUCCAGUGUACUAUACUACCAUAACAGACCCCAUCACAUUUGAUGAUAUUUGGAAACGGGUGAAAACGAGGAAAUACAAGGACAUGCAAAGUUUCCAAACCGACAUAAGCCUAAUGCUGAUCAAUUAUAAGACCGCGUAUAACUCCAACAUGGAUAACAUGAACAAAUUAAUAGCCUUUGAGAAGACAUUCAAUGUUCUGUACCAUUACGAACUAGCCAAACCGGAUAAAGAUUAUAUCCCGGAGGGCGAGUUUAGGUACCCGAUCGACGAAAUCACCGUUAACAACAGAGCAUACCACGUCGGUGACUGGGUUCUACUGGCUAAUCCGAAUGACCCGAUGAAGCCUGUGGUAGGGCAAAUUUUCAAAUUGUGGAACACAGAGGAUGGCCAGAAAUGGCUAAAUGCCUGUUGGUAUUUCAGACCCGAACAGACCGUCCACCGUGUUGACCGACUGUUUUAUAAAAAUGAGGUAAUGAAGACAGGUCAAUACAGAGAUCAUCAAAUAGAGGACAUCGUUGGAAGCUGCUACGUCGAACAUUUUACGAGGUACCAAAGGAGUGAACCAACAACCGAUAUUGGCGGACCUUUGUUCCUAUGUGAGUACCGAUACAACGAGUCAGAUAAGGUGUUUAACAAGAUCAGAACUUGGAGGGCGUGUUUGCCGGAAGAGAUUCGUGACGUUGAGGAACCGUGUAGACCAGUCAAUGGGAGAAAGUUUUUCAAGUACGUUUCCCCGAUAAGCCAUCUUUUACCGCCUAAUUCCACCAUGGAGGAUCCUAUCCCGGAGCCACAGAUGGCCGACCCGAACGCGCCACCUUUAGUGGGUGCCGUUUAUAUGAGGCCACCAUUACAGCGAGAUGACUUAGGGGAAUAUUCUACGUCGCACGACUCUCCAAGGCACAUCAUAAGGCCCGGAGAACCACACGAACCCGGAGUAAUAGAUCAAGAGAUGGGUACAAUUACAGUCGAUAGCACUGUCAACUUGACACAAACAAAACCCAGUUAUUCAGCGUCACCCUCAUUGUUGGGUACUGGGACCGGGAAAGUCGGCAGGCCGCCCAACAGCUCGCAUCAUAAAAUACACUCCAAUGCACAAAUCCUACAAAACGACUUCAAGACCACAUAUUCAUCAAAGAUGGCUGCUGUGACCAACAGGGUGGCUGGAUACAACAACGCGACGCACAAUAAUGUUCCAAAGAAUACGUCUGCAACUAUGCUGAUGCCAAUUACGAACCGAAUGCAAAGUAAUGGGAAGCAGACGUCGAAAACGCAAGUAACUGGGCCCUCGAAAAAAGCGAUGGAACAAUCAUAUGCAUCAUACAUUCAAUAUGCCGCCGCCUACAAGGGCAAUAACCAAGGCUCUGUAAUUGUUGAUACCCCAGGGGCAUACGUGCUACCGAUAGACAUUUUAGGCGAGAGAGUGAAGGGCAGCCAAGAGCUGUACGAAAUACAAACGGCAGAUUUUAACAGCAUGGCGAAAAGGCUGACGAAAGAGGAGAUGAAUUUGCAACGAAAGAGGGGCAGGAAUGGUGAGAUUAUUUGGUUCCGAUCCCCUAGUGUCAUGCUGGGAGAGCGGCUGCUGAACUUGGGUGACACGCAUCUACAGACGCCGUUGAACGUUUGGAACUUUCCAGACAGACUUGGUGUUACAGAUAACCUUGCAGGGUUUGACUACGAAGAGGUGGAGGAAGAGGGCGAGACAAUGGCAACGAUAACGAAAGCCGCUGUGGAUCACGUAAUGUCCACAGAUGACGACUAUAAUGGGGUCGAGGGCCCAGCAACGGGCGACUCCGACCAGGAUAUACCAAAGACUAUAAACCUCGAGGAGACAAUGUACUUGGACGAGGACGACAAAGACGACUGUAACGAUCUAACGGGACCGCACUUCCUGGGGCUUCGACCUUCCGCGAAAUAUCUGGCAUACAAACUGAGCGACCAAUAG